UUUUCCAGCCCCAGGGAUUGCAGGGUUGGAUUCUGUGGCUCUGCAUGUGAAGGAAAUGCACAACAGAACCCUGUGUACAGGACAAUUCAUGUCUUGGCCAUUGUUCUUGAUCUCAGCUACCUGCUCACUCCUUCUCCCAGGCAGUUUCCAUCAGGUUUCCUUCUCACCUUGCAUGAAUGAGCAAUGCAUGGUUUAUAUGGAUAUAUGAGAAAUGUUUACAUGGAUAAAUGUUUACAGCUCCAGCAUGGGACACGAUUGCAUUGGCUUAGCAGGAAGUUCCUUUUCAGAGGAAAACUCAUUUUCUUGCAUUUGGACCUACAGGCUGGUGCAAUCCUAAAUGGAACAUGGAUAUUACGAGGAAGUGGGAACUCAGCCAUGAGCAGUAUUACAUUGUCUUUCUAUUAUUUUAUUUCAAGGUGCACCAGAGGCUCAAAGGGGUUUGUUUAAAGUAAUUAAUCAGAACAAUUUGUCAAAAACAGAGAACACCAGUGCUCACAGGCUGUGGCAGACAUUGGAAAUGUUCCAUAUUUGUAAGAGCAAUGUUCUGCUUUCAAAUAUUGGUACCCUGGGUAGGGAUUAAUUCACUUAUUUUUAAGCGUGGUGAAACAUUCAUUUCAGCAACUACUACCUAGAAAAUACAUUUCCCAAUUAGUGUUGAUGUCUGAAUUGCCAGUCAGGAGGCACAGGGAGUGCUGAGCCCUGCUCAAGGCAGCUCUGAUGCAUUAUUGAUGCUGUUUUCAAUAUCAAACGUGCCAGGAAUCAGAUGCAUAGCCUCUUCUCCCAGCAUCAAAAAUGUGAUGACCUUUCUGUUCUAUUAAGGUGAUCUGUCUGAUAGCUGCCCCUUCUAUGUAAUUCAUUGGAAAAAUAAAGGCAAGAGCAGGUGCCUGUUUUUCCAGGGAAUGUCUGGUGUGCCCAGUGCCGUGGGGAGGGGGAGCUGCCCUGUCCCCGUGCUCGGUGUUGGUCUCCAAUGUCCCCACGUGUCCCCAGGGUGACAGCAGAGCAGCGCUGUGCCCUCAGCCCGGGAUCAGCCUCCUGCUGCCUGUGUCUGGCUCAGCACUCACUGCUGGCUGGGGAGUGUGUCCAUGGGCUGUUUCCCCUGGUAUUUGGGAUAAAUAUUCUCUGGAGCCUGGCCCCAGCUCCAGCUGGCUGCUGGGGGUGGCUGUGGCAGGCACUGCUGGGGCACAGGCCCCGCUUUCAGAGCCUCCCACAAUGGCUCUUGUCCCCCUGCACACGGUGGCUGGCACUGGCAGCUGUCCUUCUCCCUCCAGUCCCAUUUCCAUCCUUCCCUGGGGGUGACAGCCUGGCGUGUCCGUCCCUGCAGGCUGGGGCAGCUGCCAGGGCUGAGCUCUGCCGUGCCCAGCAUCGCUCCUUGGCCGUGUUUGUGUCCCCUCUGCUCCCCCAGGAUCCUCCACCAUCGCCCUCGGGCCCCUGGGCAUCUCUCAGAUGGUUCAGGGGGCACAGUGCUCACUCCUGACUGUCCUGUGCAGGGCCAGGAGCUGGAUUCCAAAGAUCUAAAGAUGCUUGGCAUGAAAUGUGUCAGUUCGUACCGUUAAGCCUUUGUAAUGUUUCAAAGAAAAUUAAAGAGCUGCAAUGCUGUAAAUAUCAGGAUCUGUGGUUCUACAAAUGAACCUCAGACAGAAUUCUCACGCACUGAACCCUGCUCCAUGGUACCAGCUCCUGAGUCUCCUUUUCUGUAAGCACACAAAUGUAAAUUCUCCCAGCCCUCGUCUGUCAAAAGGAAUCCUGUUAGCAAUUAUUCUCUCAAAUCCCUCUACCAUUCAAAUUAGGAUUUGUCUGCCAUUCACGUGGAAGCAGUUAAAGCUUGUUGGUCUCAUUUCCUCAGGUUGUGAGCUAACCUGGCUCACACUGCCUCUGCCUUCGGAGGGAAUCCUCUAAGAAAAUAAUCAUAAUGUGCACAAAAGCCUCAUUCACUGCAGCAGGUACAGCACUGUGCCUGUGGCUACGGGCUGCCCCAUUUUUUAUCAAUAAAGAGGGUUUUAAAUGUCCACUGGUGUGUUGUGUCUGUUCCACAAAGCAGCAAGAAUCUUAAAUGCAAAGAGCACCUACUCAUGUUACAGAUUUUUCAGGCAAUAUCUUUAAUUUAUUUCUGUUUCUUUGCCCAACCAAACAUGUUUGUUUUUAUAGAAACUUCCAGGCUACAAAGUCAGGCACCAGCCUGAGAAACAGCAGAACUGAGAUUGUUGGUACCACCUUAGUUUGGACAAUGAAUAUCAGGGAUGUCAUUUUAUUGUCCCACUUGUUUCUCUGGGUCUCAGCCUCCCUCCUGCCCUCUGCCCCAAUGUAGGUGUGUAGUGACUGCUCAUCCCACAGGAUUUCUCUGGCUCUCUGCAGCUCUGCCCUGCUGAACUCCAGCCCCUCUCCCAGCCUUAUAUCCCAUUUUUAUACCCCCAGAGCAGCUGCCUCCCUCGGCAUUUUCUCCCUGAGGGAUUCAGGCUUUUGCUCUUGGAGUUCAAACCAGGUUUUUAUAAUCACAGUGCUGUGGAGGUUGGUUUUGUUGCUGUGUUGCUGUUCUCAUUUAUUGUUGCUCUGUCCCUGCAGCUGCCCUGACCUGCUGAGCCCCAUCCCGUGGUGCAGAGGGACAGUGCCCGCUGUGCUGUGACCUGAGCCAUGGGGGACAGAGCGAGGCACUGAGGGGCAUCAACGCUGCUGCCCACCUCAACAGGAUUGCUAUUAAAAAGGCCCCAGAAGAUGUGAGCGGAGCCGCCGGGGCCGGGGCCAUCGUCACCAUGGCCAAGAGGGGCUCCAGCAGCCGCGCCAGGGGGGACAAGCCCGACGCCCUGGCCGCCCUGCAGGCUGCCAACGAGGAGCUCAGGGCCAAGCUCACCGACAUCCAGAUCGAGCUCCAGCAGGAGAAGAGUAAGGUCAGCAAGUUGGAAAGGGAGAAAAAUCAGGAAGUGAAGCAGAUCAAGGAGCACGAACAGCAUAAAAGCACAGUGGUGGUCACAGAGCUCAAAGUCAAACUUCAUGAAGACAAAAUGAAAGAGCUCCAAGCUGUUCGAGAAACACUUCUGAGACAGCACGAAGCUGAGCUACUCAGAGUAAUAAAAAUAAAAGAUAAUGAAAUCCAGAGGCUGCAGACCCUGCUCAACGCCGUGCGGGACGGGGCCCCGGACAAGGUGAAAACGGUGCUGCUCACCGAGGCCAAGGAGGAGGCCAAGAAGGGCUUCGAGGUGGAGAAAAUCAAAAUGCAGCAAGAAAUUUCUGAGCUGAAGGGGGCUAAGAAACAGGUGGAGGAGGCUCUCACGAUGGUCAUCCAAGCUGACAAAAUCAAAGCAGCAGAGAUCAGGAGCGUGUAUCACCUGCACCAGGAGGAGAUCACCAGGAUCAAGAGGGAGUGCGAGAGGGAAAUCCGCAGGCUGAUGGAGGAGAUUAAGUUUAAGGACAGAGCAGUCUUCGUGCUGGAGAGAGAGUUAGGGGUGCGAGCCGGGCAUGCUCAGAGACUGCAGCUCCAAAAGGAGGCUUUAGAUGAACAACUGUCCCAGCUCAAAGAGUCUGACCGGCAUCUGAGCAGCCCCAAGCGGGAACUUCCUUAUGCAAGUGGUGCAGGAGACGCUUCAGAUCAUUCGGGAAGCCCCGAACAGCAGUUGGAUGAAAAGGAUGCCCGGCGCUUCCAGCUGAAAAUCGCGGAGCUGAGCGGGAUCAUCCGCAAGCUGGAGGACAGGAACGCGCUGCUGUCGGAGGAGAGGAACGAGCUGUUGAAACGUCUCAGAGAAGCAGAAAGUCAGUAUAAGCCCAUUUUGGACAAAAACAAGCGCCUCAGCAGGAAGAAUGAGGAGUUGUCACAUGCCUUACGUAGAAUGGAGAAUAAAUUGAAAUUUGUGACGCAGGAAAAUAUUGCAAUGAGGCAAAGAACUGGAGCAAUAAGGAGACCAAGCUCCCUAAAUGACCUUGACCACAGCCAGGAAGAAAGGGAAGUGGAUUUCCUGAGACUACAAGUUAUUGAGCAGCAAAACAUCAUUGAUGAGCUCUCCAAGACCCUGGAGACUGCUGGCUAUGUGAAGAGUGUCAUGGAACGGGAUAAGCUGCUAAGGUUCAGGAAGCAAAGGAAAAAAAUGACAAGAAUUCCUAAGAAGCCGGUGGUGGAGACGUUCUAUGGCUAUGAUGAGGAGGCUUCCCUGGAGUCUGAUGGUUCCUCCAUCUCCUACCAAACGGACCGGACUGACCAGACCCCCUGCACGCCUGAGGAUGACCUGGAAGAGGGCAUGGCCAAGGAGGAGACGGAGCUGCGGUUUCGGCAGCUGACCAUGGAGUACCAGGCGCUGCAGCGCGCCUACGCCCUGCUGCAGGAGCAGGUCGGGGGCACCCUGGAUGCAGAGCGAGAGGUUAAGACACGUGAGCAGCUCCAAGCAGAAAUUCACCGCUCCCAGGCUCAGAUAGAAGACCUGGAGAAGGCUCUGGCUGAGCAGGGACAGGACAUGAAGUGGAUUGAGGAGAAGCAGGCAUUGUACAGAAGAAAUCAGGAACUGGUAGAAAAGAUAAAGCUGAUGGAGGCGGAGGAGGCUCGCCUGAAACACGACGUGCAGGACGCCAAGGACCAGAACGAGCUGCUGGAGUUCAGGAUCCUGGAGCUGGAGGAGAGGGAGAGGAGGUCCCCUGCCAUCAACUUCCACCACGGCCCCUUCACGGAGGGGAAGAGCCCUCUGCAGGUGUACUGCGAGGCCGAAGGUGUAACAGACAUUGUAGUAGCAGAGCUGAUGAAAAAGUUGGACAUUUUAGGGGAUAACGCCAAUCUGACCAACGAAGAGCAGGUGGUCAUCAUCCAGGCCAGGACUGUCCUCACGCUGGCUGAAAAGUGGCUCCAGCAGAUCGAGGUGACCGAGUCUGCCCUGCAGCAGAAGAUGCUGGACCUGGAGAACGAGAAGGAGCUGUUCAGCAAGCAGAAGGGCUACCUGGACGAUGAGCUGGACUUCAGGAAGCAGUCCCUGGACCAGGCUCACAAGCAAAUUCUGGAAUUAGAAGCCAUGCUCUAUGAUGCCCUGCAGCAAGAAGCUGGAGCCAAAAUUUCCGAACUUCUUUCAGAAGAGGAGAAGGAGAAGCUGAAGAGCGCGGUGGAGCAAUGGAAGCGGCAGGUGAUGAGUGAGCUCCGCGAGAGGGACGCACAAAUCCUGCGGGAGAGGAUGGAGCUCAUUCAGCACGCACAGCAGAGAAUUAAAGAGCUAGAAGAAAGAAUUGAAGGCCAAAAAAGACAAAUAAAAGAGUUAGAGGAAAAGCUUUCAUUCUUUGGUCAUAGUUCUUCAGGCCACAUGCACAAGCCCCCUGAGGCCACUGCACUGCUCCUGCUGUUCUUCCCGGAGGGACAGCCCUGCUUCCCAAGCCCCCACGGACACUUUGCCCUUUCCACACCCCCAGAUGUGUCUCAUCCUCUGCUGCUGGCCAUGGGAGGUGCAGGCUGUGGCACUUGGGGGCUGUGAGAGCCCCAAAAUCCCCCCAGGGGGAUUGCAGAGGACAGAACUGAGCCAGCAGGGCAAGGCAAGAGCUCUGCUCCUCCUGUCCCGGAGCUGGCC